UCUGCCGCAGAAUAGAUGGUAUUUGCUUUAAAAAUGGAAGAAAACCAGUCAACUGCAACAGAAUCAAGGUGUCGUCGACAGGGACUGGUUAAUAUGGACCAAUCAGCAAGCGACAUAUAUUUCGCUGCUGAACAGGAAGUUCUGCCAUGUUCAAUCCACGUUGACAUUUUUUACAAUUUAUCCCGAAGUCGAGAGCUUUACGAAGAAGAACCAGUCAACAAACCAUUCGCCGAUUGCAGUCCCUCGACUAUGUUGACGAAAUUCGAGACUAAAUCCGCUCGGGUGAAAGGUUUAUCCUUUCACCCGAAAAGGCCAUGGGUUCUGGCAAGUCUUCACAAUGGUGUGAUCCAACUAUGGGAUUACCGCAUGUGUACCUUAAUUGACAAGUUUGAUGAACAUGAUGGUCCUGUCAGAGGAAUCUGUUUCCAUUUUCAGCAACCAUUAUUUGUAUCUGGUGGAGAUGAUUAUAAAAUCAAGGUGUGGAACUAUAAACAGCGCCGUUGUCUUUUCACUUUGCUGGGACAUCUUGAUUACAUCAGAACGACCAACUUCCAUCAUGAAUAUCCUUGGAUUGUCAGUGCUUCAGAUGAUCAAACGAUUCGAAUCUGGAAUUGGCAAUCAAGAAAUUGCAUUUGUGUCCUGACAGGUCAUAGCCAUUAUGUAAUGUGUGCUCAGUUCCAUAUGAGUGAAGAUAUGGUUGUGUCAGCAUCUCUGGACCAAACUGUUAGAGUCUGGGAUAUUUCAGGUUUAAGAAAGAAGAGUGUAGCUCCUGGACCUGGAGGCCUGGAAGACAGAUUGAGAAAUCCUGCUCAAACAGAUCUGUUUGGCACCACUGACGCUAUUGUUAAACAUGUUCUUGAAGGCCAUGAUCGUGGCGUUAACUGGGCUGCGUUUCAUCCUACCAUGCCGCUGAUCAUUUCCGGUGCCGAUGACCGACAAGUGAAACUUUGGCGAAUGAAUGAAUCCAAGGCUUGGGAAGUAGAUACAUGUCGUGGUCACUACAACAAUGUCUCUUGUUGCUUAUUUCACCCUCGCCAAGAACUUAUCCUAAGUAAUUCUGAAGACAAGACUAUCAGAGUCUGGGACAUGAGUAAACGAACCAGUGUUCAGACAUUCCGAAGGGAACAUGAUAGAUUCUGGGUCAUUGCUGCACAUCCUACCCUCAAUCUGUUUGCAGCUGGCCAUGAUAGUGGGAUGAUAAUUUUCAAGUUGGAGCGAGAGCGUCCUGCAUAUGCUGUUCACAACAAUCUCCUGUACUACGUGAAAGAUCGUUACUUGAGAAAGCUUGACUUCACUACAUCUAAGGACACAGCUGUCAUGCAAUUGAGAGGAGGUUCUCGGAGUGUUGUCUUUAGUAUGUCAUACAACCCAGCUGAAAAUGCAGUCCUCAUCUGUACGAGGACCAGUAAUGUUGACAAUAGUACAUAUGAUCUAUACGGCAUUCCAAAAAAUUCUGAUUCACAAAAUCCUGAUGCUCCUGAAGGAAAAAGGUCUUCUGGCCUUACUGCUGUAUGGGUUGCCCGCAACCGCUUUGCUGUGCUCGAUAGAACACACUUAGUUGUUAUAAAGAAUCUGAAGAAUGAAAUUACUAAAAAAAUGCAAACUCCCAGCUGUAAUGAAAUAUUCUAUGCUGGAACUGGAUGUCUUCUUCUCAAAGACAAUGAAACCGUUACCUUAUUUGAUGUACAACAGAAGAGGUCUCUGGCGUCUGUCAAAGUUCCCAAAGUUAAAUAUGUUGUCUGGUCCCAAGACAUGACACAUGUAGCACUGUUGAGUAAACACGUUAUUGCUAUCUGCAGCCGUAAAUUGGAAAAUGUGUGCACUAUUCAUGAGAACAUCCGUGUUAAGAGUGGAGCUUGGGAAGAAAGUGGUGUGUUCGUUUACACAACCAGCAAUCAUAUUAAGUAUGCUCUGACCAACGGGGAUCAUGGAAUUAUUCGCACCCUGGACCUACCCAUUUACAUAAGCCGUGUUAAAGGAAACAGUGUGUAUUGUCUGGAUCGUGAAUGCAGACCAAGAAUCCUGGGUAUUGAUCCAACUGAAUUUAGAUUUAAGAUGGCAUUGGUCAAUCGCAAAUAUGAAGAGGUGCUGCACAUGGUCCGUAAUGCCAAACUCGUCGGACAAUCCAUUAUUGCCUACCUGCAGAAGAAAGGCUACCCAGAAGUGGCACUGCAUUUUGUCAAAGAUGAAAAAACCAGAUUUAGUCUUGCUUUGGAAUGUGGAAACAUUGAGAUUGCUCUGGAAGCAGCACGAGCAUUAGAUGACCAAGCCUGUUGGGACAAGCUUGGUGAAGCCGCUCUUCUCCAAGGUAACCACCAGGUUGUAGAGAUGGCAUAUCAACGAACUAAGAACUUUGAUAAACUCUCUUUCCUCUAUUUGAUCACCGGCAACUUAGAUAAACUCAAGAAGAUGAUGAAAAUCGCUGAAAUCCGCAAAGAUGUUAGUGGCCACUUCCAAAAUACUCUACUUAUUGGCGAUGUCCAUGAAAGGGUGAAAAUUCUGAAAAAUUGUGGCCAAAAAUCCCUGGCUUAUUUAACAGCUGCCACUCAUGGCAUGGAAGAGGAGGCUCAGAGUUUGAAGGAGAGUUUCUCAGAGAAAGAGCGUGUACCUGACUUGUAUCCAAAUGCUAAGCUUCUACGGCCACCAGUUCCUAUAACUCAGCAAGAGAGCAAUUGGCCCUUACUCACAGUUUCUAAAGGAUUCUUUGAAGGUGCCAUGGCUGCCAGAGGACAAGGAGGAACCUUGGCAGCCACCUCUGAGGCUUUGGAUGAUACUAGUGCAGAUGGCUGGGGAGUUGAUGCUGAACUUGUUAUGGAUGAUGAUUUCAUGCCUGCUGAAUCUGGUCUUGAUGAAGAUGCUGCAGGAGAUAAAGAAGGAGAUGGUUGGGAUGUUGAUGAAGAACUUGAAUUACCUGCUGAUUUAGAUCUUGGUCCUGUUCCUUCAAUGGGAGGAGAAGAGGGUUACUUUGUUCCGCCAACUAAAGGAACCAGUCAAACACAGGUUUGGUGUAAUAAUUCCCAAUUGCCAGCAGACCAUAUACGUGCAGGAUCAUUUGAAACAGCUAUGCGACUUCUCCAUGAUCAAGUUGGUAUGGUCAGCUUUUCUCCAUACAAGCAGCUGUUCCUUCAGACCUUCGCUCAUGCUAGAACCUGCUAUGUUGGUAUUCCAUCUUUACCACCACUCUUUGGACAUCCACACCGGAACUGGAAAGAUGCUGGAGCAAGAAAUGGUGUGCCAGCUGUUGGUUUGAAGCUUGCCACUUUAGUACAACAGCUUCAACUAGCCUAUCAACUGACAACAGGAGGUAAAUUUGGUGAAGCAAUUGACCGUUUCCGUACAAUCCUUCUGAGUGUGCCACUCUUGGUUGUUGACAAUAAGCAAGAAAUAGCUGAGGCACAGCAACUUAUAGAAAUUUGCAGAGAAUACAUUGUGGGAUUGUCUAUGGAAAUGACACGGAAAGAACUUCCCAAAGAGACAUUUGAGCAGCAGAAACGCAGUUGUGAGAUGGCUGCGUACUUUUCACACUGUAACUUACAGCCGAUACACAUGAUUCCCUUACGAACAGCCCUCAACCUUUUCUUCAAGAUGAAAAAUUUCCACAUGGCUGCAUCAUUUGCUCGUAGGCUUUUAGAAUUGGGUCCAAAACCUGAUGUUGCCCAACAGACAAGAAGAAUAUUAGUAGCCUGUGAGAAAAAUCCGGUUGAUCAACAUGAAAUGAAAUAUGACCAACAUAAUCCCUUUGACAUUUGUGCUGCAACAUAUGUGCCAAUUUACAGAGGAAAACCAGUUGUCAAAUGCCCUCUUAGUGGAGCCUGCUACCAACCAGAGUUUAAAGGAGAAGUCUGUAGAGUUACUAAGGUUACCGAAAUUGGUAGAGAUUGCAUUGGACUUCGAAUUAGUCCAAUUCAAUUCCGAUAGUUUGGAUUUCAACAGUAUUUUAACCAUGGAUCAUUUUGACCUAAUAAUUCCAUUGAAAGCACAGGUUUACAGAAUUGUUACCAUCUCCAUAUUCCUACAUUUUUCAUUCUAUUUUACUAUGGAUAUAAAGUAACAGGUACUAUUAAUACAACUUUUUUUU